AUGGCGCCGCGAGACAACACAUCGAAAUCAAGGCAGGAUCCUUACUCACUUCAUGGUUCCGAUAAUCUUGGUAUGUUGAUCGUAACAAAUCUCCUUACUGGUAGCAACUUUUUGCCUUGGAAACGAUCGAUGAUGAUUGCUUUGGGAGCUAAAACCAAGCUCGGAUUCAUAAAUGGUGACAUAAAAAUGCCGGAUGUUGAUGAUGAUGAUUAUGCUGAUUGGAAAAAGGUAGAUUGGAUGGUGUUAUCCUGGAUCAUUAACUCGCUAUCGAAAGAAAUUUCAGAAUCCUUUUUGUAUGCUGAAACCGUGAAAGAAUUGUGGGAUGAUAUAUGUCAGCGCUUUGGAGAGAAUAAUGGACCUAUGAAAUACAAGGUUCAGAGAGAAAUAUCCACUCUGAGCCAAGGAAACAACACAAUUAUGGAGUAUUUCAAUAAAAUGAAAAAGCUUUGGGAUGAAUAUGCGUGUAUAGCUCCUUUGCAGGUCUGUGAUUGUGAAAAGGGAAAAGGUGUAGUGCAACAAGAUGCAGAAACAAAGUUAAUCCAGUUCUUGAUGGGGCUAAGUGAUGUUUAUGACAAUGUGAGAAAUCAGAUCAUGCUCAUUGAUCCUCUACCAACAGUAAAUAAAGCCUAUUCUAUGCUCCUCACAGCUGAGAGGCAAAGGAACAUUCAAACUGAGUAUGGUAGCAAGAUAGACAAUGCAUCAAUGGUAGCUAAGACAGGAUUUGGUAGGGGAAACUCCUUUGGGCAAGCCAGAGGAGCAACUGAAGGAAAAGGAUGGGAUUCUGCAGGGAGAGGUAAAGGAUUUCAAAGACUGAGCAGAGAAGAGAAAGCUAGACUCAUAUGUGAAAAGUGUGGUAUGAGAGGGCAUAACACAAGCACCUGUUUCAAAAUCCAUGGUAUACCAGACUGGUACAGAGAUAUGAAAGGAAAACAAGGGAAGAGUUAUGUAAAUGCAGCUGAGACAGCUCCUCUUAAGAGGAAUAAGGGCCAGAAAACCACCUACAUGGAAGUCAGACUACAUUUGUGA